UGACGCUCAUGAGAAGUAAAAAAAAAAAAGGAACGUUUGACAGCCAGUCGAGUUUCCUAGGGGAGGCUUUCUUCGAGGAAAGGAUGUGGCCGCGCUGCAAGGCGAUCUAAAUCUGAUGUCAGAGGAGGCUGUUCUCAGAAACUACUCAUUGUUGAUGAGAAUUCAAAGACGUACUGGUACAUUUCAGGGUCCCCCCUCCUACCACUAGUUCACAUAAUGAGUUUUUCCCUUGUUGCUUAUGAUGAUUCGGAUUCUGAAGCAGAGACUGGGAGAUCCAGAGAUGUUAUUAGCAGUGAAAUCAAUCUAACAGAUUCUGCUGUGGAUAUUGUUCAGCCCAGUGAUGACUUAAAUAUUAUUUCUGAGACAAAAGUCGAAUCUGUGGAAUACAUGGGCAGCUCCAAAAAGAACAUGUUUUAUGAGGAUACCUUUCAACAGCAUUUACAACCUAAUGAAAAGACUAUAAUAACAGCAGUACAACAGCAGUACAACAGAAAUUGUACUUUGACAAAAACAAGGACUAAGUAUACCCAGCCAUUAAAUCCUUUAUUGGAACCUAAAAUACCUGGAAAUCCAUAUGCUCAGAAGAUGAUGCGUAAUGAUGGAGAUGUAACUAUUCAAAAACUGAGACCAUAUGUUUCAAAAAAACUUCAACAGGAAAGAAAGGAAUACCAAAAAGAGAGAGUAUCUUCUCCAGUUAAAUUUAGUACAGCUGAAGAUAAAAUGACAAUUAAAGUUUCCCAAUAUAUUAUGCCAUACAUAGGAUCAAAAUAUGCAGUUACUGAAAUUCCAAAGAACUUGGUGUUUCACAUGGCUGAGCAUAGUGGACCAGUUAAUGCAGUUCGCUGGUGUCCUCUGGAUAGGUGGAGCCAUAUGUUGCUUUCUGCCUCUAUGGAUAAGACUGUCAAGGUUUGGGAUGCUGUGGAUGAAGGACGCUGUUUGAAAUCAUACUUUAUCCAUACCGGUGCUGUCCGAGCUGUUCAGUGGUCUCCCUGUGGAAGAAAUGCACUGAGUGGAGGCUUUGAUUUUAUGCUUCAUUUAACAGAUAUUGAAACAGGAACACAGCUUUUUAGCAGCAAGAAUGAAUUUCGAAUCAGCACCCUGACAUUUCAUCCUCUUGAUCCAAAUGUUUUUCUUUGUGGAGGAUUCAGUCCAGAAGUUAAAGCCUGGGAUAUAAGGUCUUCUAAGGUUAUAAAAGUCUACAAAGCCACAGUUCAACAAACCUUGGACAUCAUGUUUCUCCGUGAAGGAAAAGAAUUUUUUACCAGCACUGAUGCAGUGAGCCAAGAUUCAGCCGAUCGUACCAUCAUUGCCUGGGACUUCCAAACUGCUGCAAAGAUCUCCAAUCAAAUUUUUCAUGAACGUUUUACCUGUCCCAGUCUUUCAGUUCAUCCUAAAGAGCCUGCCUUUGUUGCUCAGACAAAUGGCAACUACAUGGCUUUAUUUUCCAGCCUGCCACCUUAUCGAAUCAACAAAAAGAAGAGGUUUGAAGGGCACAAGGUUGAAGGAUUUGCUGUAGGCUGUGAAUUUUCACCGGAUGGAACACUUCUUGUGACAGGGAGUUCAGAUGGCAAAGUAUUUUUCUACAACUAUCGCACAGCUCAAAUUCUCCGUACCAUGUCAGCACAUAGUCAAGCCUGUGUGAAUGCAGUCUACCAUCCAGUCCUUCCAUCACUCCUUGCCACCUGUGCCUGGGAUGGGAUAAUCAAGAUCUGGCAAUAAUAGGAAAGUUAGAUAGCCAACUGACUUUCCAACUUUGUAAAUAUACUUUUUUUCUUGUAGUUUCAUUUCUUAGAACUUUUAUGUUCUGUAUAGUGGCACACCAAACCAGUACUUCUCAAUCUCAGCGACUUUAUGAGGUGUGGACCUCAAAUCCCAAAAUCCCCAGGGCAAUAUACUUGCUGGGGAAUUCUGUGAGUUGGUUAACAUAUUUAGAGCAGCUAAGAUUGAGAAAUACAGUACUAAACCAAUUUUACUGUAAUGUGACUAUGUGGGGCAGGAAAUAUAAAAUACUCCAGUCACGCUCCACAAAUAAUUAAUUUGCCCGGCGCUGUUUUUGACUCAUACUUUGCCCUUAACUGUUACCCUUCUCCAAAGAGUUUUUUUUUAUGGUGUUAGAGCUGCAGUAUUCUUUUAAACAGCUGCUAAAUAUAUAGCUACUACUAGCUUUCUCCAAGUGUUUGUUGCAGGGAAUUAGGACAAUGUGAGCUAGAUUGAAAAAGGAAUUAAAGAUUAACUGAAGCCCUAAAUCUAUAUGUUCUGCCUGUUUUAAUUGGAUGUGGAAUGCACAAAUUUAAUUGAUAGAAGUAAUUAAAAGGAAUUCAAUAUCAUUCCAGAUUCUUCUGGGAGCCUAGAUUUUUUUUAAUCACUUUAGUGUUAUUAAAUCAGCACUCUUAGAUUAAAACUUAACUAUUCUUUAGCUUCUGUCACUGCUUUACCCUUGUACUAUUACUUGAUUCUGCAGGCUUUUCAUCCAAUUUUAAUGGAGUCACACUAUGCUAAAACUGGUGUAGCUAUGAAGGCUUUUCUGAGUAAUGUGGUUAGUGGGUCCUUGGUGCUCUCUAAGCUUGCUUGUUUUCUUACAGAUGUACUAGCACUGAUGAUGUUGCCUAGUUAGGGUAAGGAAACAUCUGCAAGAAAAAAAGCAAGCUGAGAGAGCUCCAAGGACCCUCAUUUCAACCCUGAGCUACAAAUAUUCUCCUUUAUUGAUAAUGUGUUAGGAUCUGAUUCUGAUAUCUUUAUGGUCACAUGAGCUCAAAGAGAUUUGGAUGCUUAAGAAUAUCCAUAGAGAUUUAUGACAAUUUACGUGUAUGGUUGAUACUUGCAAUAAAAAAAUCUCAAUAAUUUGCUUAUAUAUAAUUUUAAAUAGUUUUCUUAUAAAAAUUUACAACAAACUUGGAAGCAAUAACAUUUCUAGCACCAUAGCUAUUUCCAGUUUGCUAAGCUCAAGGAUAUAGUAAGCUUCUUUUCCCAAAAUCACACUUUUCUUCCUGAUUGGCAGCUGAUAUAUUUAAUUACAAUAAUGGAACUGUUUUUGUUAGUGCCUUGCAUUAAUGUAAAAUUUACUCUGAAGGAACACAUUAGGUUUCUACAGGAUGUAGGAAGAGGAGAGUAUAGAGUUUUGUUGCUCCAUGGAAACAUUUUGGAGGUAGCCCCCCAGGGCCACACCUAAUAAUUAUCUUUCCCAUACGGUAGCCAGGAACGGAAUUACUUAGAAAAAGUAUCUGUCUUUUCUUUGCAAAAUAAGUAGUUUUAUAUUUUGCUAAAAUGUGCAAAAUAAUAAACAUAUUACACAUAUAAUAUAAUGUUACAUAAAAAUUAAAAUGUCAAAGUACCCAAAAUGUAACUUAAAAGUUUCCUGUU